AGUGCGCAUGCGCACAACCCGGGCCCGGAAACAGCGCCGGGUCAGCCAUGGCUGCGGCAGCCGAGGGCGUCUUGGCGACCCGGCGUGAGGAGCCCGCUCGAGACGAUGCCGCCGUGGAGACAGCUGAGGAAGCAAAGGAGCCUGCUGAAGCUGACAUCACUGAGCUCUGCCGGGACAUGUUCUCCAAAAUGGCCACUUACCUGACUGGGGAACUGACGGCCACCAGUGAAGACUAUAAGCUCCUGGAAAAUAUGAAUAAACUCACCAGCUUGAAGUAUCUUGAAAUGAAAGAUAUUGCUAUAAACAUUAGCAGGAACUUAAAGGACUUAAACCAGAAAUAUGCUGGACUGCAGCCUUAUCUGGAUCAGAUUAACGUCAUUGAAGAGCAGGUAGCAGCUCUUGAGCAGGCAGCUUACAAGUUGGAUGCAUAUUCAAAAAAACUGGAAGCCAAAUACAAGAAGCUGGAGAAGCGAUGAGAAACUUAUUUUUAUGGGAUAGAGCCUUUUUUUCAACAUGGAAGAAUGUUUUAUAAAACCCGAAUCCUGAGGCUGAUGAAUUGUGAAAACUCCUCAAAGGGAAACUAUGCUGGUCAUCCCAGGAACAUCUCAACGUUGGAGUAAACUGGAGGACUGUGGCUAUUCAUGAACCUUCUUUGAGGCAGUAUCCCUCAGAAUCUCACACUUAAAACUACUUACCUUUUACUGGAAUGCUUUGCCAUAUUCAGGACAGAGACUCUCUCAAAGUUCAGAAUACAGCUGGGCUUGCCAGUGAAAUGAAAUGAGAGGACCUGUUUUCUCUGGUAGUGGAUGAAGACUAUAUUAUUUUCUUAAGUGGCUGGUUUUUUAGUUACUAUGUAAAGGGUUGUUUUUUUCUGUUAAUGAUGCUAAUGUGUUAUAAACAAGAUUCUAGAUCUUAAAAGGAAAAGAAAACAAACUUGGUUCUUUGCAGUUUAUCACCCUGUGAAUGUCAGUAACUUACUUUUCAUAAUAUUGCAAAUAACAUAAAAUCUUAAAAUAACUCCAAGCUGAGUCUUCUAGAUUGAGCAGAAAUGGUGAAAGGAAUGUUGAUAACUUGGUGUAUGUGAUGGCCCCUCUUGUUUAUUUUCUAUGUGAAUCAGAUUGACAUGUGGCCGUUUUGGAAAUGUGAUGAAGACAAAGACUAGAUGGGUAUUUAUCUUUAUGUGUUGGGUGGGGAGGUGAGGAUCGCCACUCAUAAAGGAUUUUAUAAAAUA